GUGACGUCGUGUGGGGCGUGUCCGGUCCCGCACAAUGGGCCAUGGAGUUCCCGUUCGAUGUGGAUGCGCUGUUCCCGGAGCGGAUCACCGUGCUGGACCAGCACCUGCGGCCUCCGGCCCGCCGACCCGGAACCACAACGCCGGCCCGUGUGGAUCUGCAGCAGCAAAUCAUGACUAUUCUAGAUGAACUGGGCAAGGCCUCUGCCAAGGCCCAGCACCUCCCUGCACCCAUCACGAGUGCUUCCAGGAUGCAGAGUAACCGCCAUGUUGUUUAUAUACUAAAGGAUAUUUCAGCCCGACCGGCAGGGAAAGGAGCCAUUAUAGGUUUUCUCAAAGUCGGAUACAAGAAGCUCUUUGUACUGGAUGACCGCGAAGCUCACAAUGAGGUGGAACCACUGUGCAUUCUGGACUUUUACAUCCACGAGUCAGUGCAACGGCAUGGCCACGGGAGAGAACUCUUUCAGUAUAUGUUACAGAAAGAGCGAGUUGAGCCACAUCAACUGGCCAUUGAUCGACCAUCACCAAAGCUGCUGAAGUUCCUGAACAAACACUACAACCUGGAGACCACAGUCCCACAGGUGAACAACUUCGUGAUCUUUGAAGGCUUCUUUGCCCAUCAGCAUCGGACCCCCACUCCCUCUCUGAGGGCAACUCGACACUCUCGUGCAGCUGAGGUCGACCUCACGCCUGCUGCUCCAGCACGGAAGCUGCCACCGAAAAGGGCAGAGGGAGACAUUAAGCCAUACUCCUCCAGUGACAGAGAAUUCCUGAAGGUGGCUGUGGAGCCUCCUUGGCCCCUGAACAGGGCCCCUCGCCGUGCCACACCUCCAGCUCACCCACCUCCACGCUCCAGCAGCCUGGGGAACUCACCCGAUCGGGGUCCCCUCCGACCCUUUGUACCAGAGCAGGAGCUGCUUCGUUCCCUGCGUCUCUGCCCCCCACACCCUACUGCCCGCCUUCUGCUGGCCUCUGACCCUGGGGGCAGCCCAGCCCAGCGCAGACGCACCAGCUCCCUUCCCCGCUCCGAUGAGAGUCGAUACUGACAGCUGCUCCCUUUCCUCCCCCUUCCCAAAACCUGUAACCCACUCUUCCAUCAAGAUUUUUUUUUCUCUCCCUUUCUUGAACAACUGGGUUGCCAGGGUUCUAAAUAGCCUAACAUUUGUAGCUUUUCUUACCACAGAAGACACCCCACACUCCCAUAGUACUCCAUAGACACCCUGUUCCAUUCCCAGAACACUCGGGCUCCUACUGACUCCCUAGAGAGGCACUCUUCUCUGCUUAUGGUCAGACUCCAGACCACUAUUAGAGCAGGUCCAAGGGCCUCCCCUGACAUGGAAACCUUGGAGUGUCCUGUCAAUGGAUAAUUCCCUCUAGUACCCAUUGGUAGCUCUAAUCCUGCAUCCUGCUGCCACACAAACCUGUCCAUUAGUCUGCUGAUGCCAGACUGUGAGCAAGCUCUGCCCCAGAACAGUAUAGGCUGACAAGACAAGCCUUGGCUUCCAAGCAGGGUCCUCCCAACAUCACCAAACUCUUACUUUCCAAGUGUUGUGUAGAUGUGUCAAAUGUUGCUUUGGGGUCUCUACAGGGGACCCACAGACACCAUCACUUUCCUAGGAUAACCCAAGUCUUUGUCUUGACAGUAGAUCCCAGCAAAGGCCCUAGAACCACUUAGCUGUGUCCCUGAACAUAAGCCUGGUCCGUUAGAUCCUGGAAUCCCCUCUAACCUCCCUGCCUCCCUUUAAGUAAACUUGUGAGAUUGUCUUGAGAUGACAUGGGGAUCACCCUUCUGCUUCCCUUUCUCCUUUUCCUCCAAGAACCUCCGUCCCUUCUUCCAUGUCCAGGGCAUAGAAAGACCCUUUCUCUCCCCACCCUCUGAAUGUGUGAUGGUAGAUCAGGUGCCCACUGUGUUCCCUCAAGUCCUUGGGAGCAGGACCUCCCUCUCCCCACAUACAACUUCCUUCUCCCUCUCAGUGCUGUCUCAAUAAAGUGUGGAUUCUUCUGUUUUCUAAAUUGACAUUUUUGAUGAAAAACAGCUUAAA